AUGGUUGAUGACUGGGUUAUUAAAACUAUGUAUGCGACAAAACGGCGCAGAAAAAAUCCUAAAAGUAAUAAACCAACAUGUUCAGCCGUAAUUCAACCAGAUCAUAAUGUGAAAUCUAAUCCAAGCAAAAGGCAUCGUGAACGUUUAAAUUCAGAAUUAGAACAUUUAGCAAGUCUAUUACCAUUUGAACAAAAUGUUAUUGUGAAAUUGGAUAAAUUAUCUAUUCUACGAUUGGCCGUCUCUUACCUUCGUAUUAAGUGUUACUUUCAUGCUUUAUCAUUUGAUCGAUUAGUAACAGAGAAUAGACUUGUUUCACACUUGUAUCAUUGUCCGUUUGAUUUGACUAGAAUUGAAGGAGAAGCUUGUUUACAAGCUUUAAAUGGAUUUAUAUUUAUUAUGUCCUGUGAUGGUGAAGUAUUUUCUGUAUCAAGAACUGUGGAGCAUUAUUUAGGUUUUCAUCAGGCUGAUAUUUUGCAUCAAAGUGUAUUGGAAUUGAUUCAUUCAGAAGAUAGAGAGGAAUUUCGAAGACAACUAUCAUGGAAAUCAAUGCUUCCACCUGAGUUUCAUUCAUCUACAUUGCAUGAUUUGAUGACUCCUGAAACUGCUCAUUACUUAAAACGUCAAUUCACAGUACGAUUUCGGUGCCUUUUAGAUAAUACAUCUGGAUUUAUUACACUUGAACUUAGUGGUCGGUUGCAAUUUCUACAUGGACAAGCUAGAAGUAUGCAAUUAUCUGUUAAUUCUGAACAAUCGAAUUCAUGCAACAAUCCAAAUAUAUCUAACAAGUAUAAUACUUCUUGUUCAUAUAAUGUAUCAACUUCUAAUCAACAUAAUUUACCGCCUCUUGGUUUUUUUGCGGUCUGUAGUCCACUAGGACCAUUACCAAGUUUAAAUGGUCCACAACGUGAUGCAACUUUUAAAACAAAACAUCAAUUAGAUUUGACUGUUAUAACAAUAGACGCUCGUGCUCGACUUAUAUUCAAUUACUCUGACAGUGACUUACAAAAUUUCAAAGUUUAUGACUUAAUACACCCAGACGAUUUACGUUAUGUUGCUAGAGGACAUAAAGAACUUUUUAAAGUAGGUUCACUUGGCUUACUUGUACACCGAUGGUUGAAUAAACAAUCUCAAUGGAUUUGGCUACAGUCAAGAACAAAACUUAUUAUGAAAAACGGUAAACAAGAUCAUAUUAUUGUGAUACACCGACAAUUGUCCAAUGAAGAAGGGAUGGAAUUAUUGAUAAGAAGAACAGAUGAAUACAAACUACCUUUUCCAUUACUUGAACCAGAAACUUUACUAAAUGGUGAAGAACUGACAACAUGUAAUAACAACUUACAUAUGGAUAUUAAUUCACCUUUUCCAACCGGUCAAAUGAAAAUUUUUGAUCAUCAUCAUAUCCUUGGAAGUAAUGAUCAAAAAUUAUAUGGAGCAAAUGUUAAAUCUGAUAAUAAAAUUAAUUUGAGCUCAAAGCAUACACCAGAACAUUUCUCUAGUCUUGAUAUAUCCGGUAGAGUUCACAGUAGACACUCUACUGAUACAAUCAACAGUUGUAUGCAAAUGGAAAGAGGUAUUACUAGAUCAGCAACGAAUAACUAUGGCGACGAUUUCCAUUUAUCUGGACUUGACAAUAAUCUACUUGAACAUUGUCUUAAUAAAUCCACUAAACAAUCUAAGGUUAUUUCAGCUACUGUUCUACGUAGAAAAAGGACAAUGAAAGAAAUAACUAAAUCCGAAGUUAAUAAAUGUAAACUUAAUCAUCGUGGUUCGUGUACUACAGCAUGCACAUAUGUGUCAAAUGCUCAAACUCCUGGUCAAUUAAAUUAUGGUACAAACAUUUGUCAAUCUACUUAUCUUCCAUUGGGAUUUAAUCAAACAUUAUCAAGAGAUAGUGAGGCAUUUUAUCGAAAUCCUUAUUUAUGUUGGCCAACAAACACCAAUAGUAUGGCAACAUCAGAAAAUAUCAAUUCAAAUAGAUCAAACAACUCAGAACAUACUCCUCAAUUAAAUUCAAGUAAAGUUGGUUUAUUCAUGAUAAAUUCACACUAUUCAAGUCAAGAUUUAAAUGAAUUUAAUAUGCAAGAUUAUUGUACAACAAGAAAUUAUCCAACAGCGUAUGAUGCAUAUUCAGCAGCUGUUGCUGCAGCCGCUGUUGUAGCAGCUGCAACAAACAGUUGUAAUCAGAAACAUCAAAGUCAAAAUCAUCAUAAUGUAUCACUUCAUCAACAAUAUCAAUCACAACAAACAUUAGAUCAAGAAAUAAAACAUCAUCGACAACACGGAUUAAAUUCAUCAUAUUUUUUAGCAAACACUAAUGAAUCAAAUACUCUUCGUUUUCAACAGACAUUAAAUGAUCCUAAUAUAUUUGAUUUGCAAAGAAGACAACAACAGAUAGAAUAUAACUCAUCAUUAAUUAAACAACAAGCCAUAAUAUCUUCUAGUAUCCAAUCUCCGUUAAAUAAUUGUACUAGUUAUAUUUUAUCAAAUAAUUACUUUCCACAAGAACAGUCGAUCAAUAAACAAAGUUUAAGUAAGGCUUGCAUACAAUCUAAUAAUUCAUAUACAAAAGAAUUUCUAAAGCCUAGACAUUCAGAUUCGUUGAACAGUCUUCAUCGGUCACAAAUUGAAAUCGAUGUAAAUAAUAAUAAUUCCAACAUAAGUGACAAUAACAACAGUUGUAAUAAAUUAGGACAAUCAGUUUCAUCUUACACAUCUAUGAAUGUAAACCAGUUAUUCCCAGAAGAUGAUUACAGAAAUGAGUCAACAUACGAGCAAAAAGAUACUUCAGCAAAUAUGUAUUUACAACAUAAUGUUGAACAGGGAAUAAUAUAUGCUAAUCCAAUUAUUGACAAGGAGUCUUCAUCAACAUAUUCAUCUUAUUCAUCUCCGCCUAAUCUAAUAAGCCCACAUAACACUGAAAUUGGCCUAGAACCAGAUUCUGGAAUCAGUCAGCAUCAACAGAGACAAAUACAAACUUCAACAAUAGUAAGAAUUAAUAGUCAAUUCACUGACCCGAAUAACAAUUCAUCAAAUUCUUCAAAAUGUUCUCAGUUUUAUGAUUCCAACUGCUCUACAAAUAACUGGACUGUAAAUCCUACUCACACCAAUUAUAACCAAGUAACAGAAUAUCUUUCUAAUGAAUGCUUGUCAGAUGUAGACUGUGGAAACUAUUAUUGUAACCCCAGAGUUUUAUCCCUUGCGAUAUCUAUGGAUUCAUCAAAUUCCAGUGCAUCUCCUACACCACACGAUACAUGUAUAGGUCAACAAGAUAAUAAGUUGCUUAAAACAGGAGCCGAAAAUGAUAUUUUUCCUCACAAAACUAACAAAUCUGGAUCACAGUCUUGCAGACUGCGAGCAAAUGAUAAUUCCAAGGUUGAAAUGCCAUUAUUUUCUGAAAUAGAUUUUGGUGAUCAGAAGCAGGAUUUAUCAACUUCUCAUAUACUUGGUGUUAAACGCUCUAAAUAUGACUCAACGACAAGAUGGGAUGACCAUCACUAUGAUAACUCAAAGCCAACUGCCAUCCCUGUACCUGUUGUAUGCAGCGGUUCUUUGAACAUUGUUUCUGAAGAAUCAUCACAGACAAGCUCAAUAAAUACAUCUGGAAUCCAUACAACAUUAUCAGAUUAUAGAGAAGAACUUUUGAGUGCAAUUUAAUUUUCAUAAAUUGAAUGUAUCAUUUAUUUAUAACAAGAAUAAAUAAUUAUUAUUAAAAUAUAAUACUCUGAUUAUUACACAUACAUAUAUGAUUCAAUAAACAAAAAUAAAUAAUAAUUUUCCCAUUUUACAUAACAUC